AUCAAACAAAGAACAAGAGCUUAAAAAUCAAAACAGAGUUUCAAGUUUCAGAAAGAAAAGAAACAAAAAAACAGAGAAUCAAUCUAAAGAUGAGUCCUAAGACAUUACAAGUUGUGAUCUUUCUUGGUUUCUUGGCCACUUCAUGUCUCUCUCAAGCUCCGGCGCCGGCACCAACCACCGUUUCUCCACCUACGGUGCUUCCUCCGGUGAAAGCUGAAUCACCUUCUCCGGUUGCUUCACCACCGGCUCCAGUUAACGAGCCAACUCCGGCUCCAACCACCGCUCCAACAACUUCUCCAACAACAUCUCCGGUUGCUUCUCCUCCUCAAACCGAUGCUCCGGCUCCUGGUCCCUCAACAGGAUUAACCCCAACUUCGGCUCCGGCUCCGGGACCAGAUACCGCCGCUGAUGCGCCGGGAAGCGCCGCGUGGGCUAACAAAGCUUUCCUUGUGGGAACAGCUUUUGCCGGAGCAUUAUACGCUGUCGUUUUGGCUUAGAGAGCUUUUGAGUACGGUGUGGAUCGAUGCUUUGAUCCUCUGCUUUCGAUUACUUUUUUAUUAAUUACUUCUUUAAAUUCAUAUUUGUUAUUUUUGUAUAAUUCUUGUUGUGAUGAGGAUGAACAUAGAGACGAUAUUAUGUUGUACUAUCAUUUUGUAAUAUCAUUGUUCAUAAAUUAAAAUAAUUCUUUAAAAUCACUUUAGAUCUAUGCUUUCAGUAAAAAU